AUGGGCGUCACUGAGAAGCUCACCAAGCCCAAACUGACAGUCAGCCCCAGUGAAACAGUGUGGGAAGGGGAUGAUGUGACCCUGAGUUGUAAAUCUGAGAGUAAACAGCUGGAGCAGACCAAGCUGAUAUACACUUUCUACAGAGAAAAGGAACCUCGGAGUCAAAUAAUUUUACAGGAGAACAAAAUCCUAUCAAUUCAACAGAGCCAUGCUGGGAUGUACUGGUGCAUGGUGGAGGCAAAGGAGAGGACAGCUGAGAGGAAAGAAAGUGACAAAGUGCAGGUGACAGUGAAUGAAAGCCCAAUGGCGACACUGACACCAAGCAAUACAUAUGUGUACAUUGGAGACAGAGUGAAACUGGACUGCAAAAUUGAUGGCAGCUUUACAGGCUGGAAAUAUCGAUGGUACAAAAGGGAUAAGAAAGCCAGAGAUGAGCACUUUGAAAAAUUUACUGAAAAUACAUACAAAUUUGAGGCUGUAACUGAGUCUGACAGUGGAGUGUACCUGUGCAGUGCCUACAAAGCUGAUUCUCCACAUUUCUCAAAGAACAGCAGUGCUGUAACAGUGACUGUUGAAGGAAGGACAGCCAAACUUGAAAUGAAGGCAGAACGCACAGAUGGAAAAAUAUUUGAAGGAGAUCAGGUCAGCCUGCAAUGCCAGGUCACUGGAAAUCCUGUUGGGUGGACAUAUGAGCUGUACAAGACCACAGAUAAAAAUCAAUAUGAAACAAAAGCAGAGAGCACCUUCACCAUCAGCUCUGCAUCCCUUUCACACAGAGGGGAGUACUGGUGUAAAGCUGUGAAAGGAACGCUUUACUUUAGUAGUAGUCCUGUGCCGUUACAAGUGUCAGAAAGCCCAAUGGCGACACUGACACCAAGCAAUCCAUAUGUGUACAUCGGAGACAAAGUGAAACUGGACUGCAAAAUUGAUGGCAGCUUUACAGGCUGGAAAUAUCGAUGGUACAAAAGGGAUAAGAAAGCCAGAGAUGAGCACUUUGAAAAAUUUACUGAAAAUACAUACAAAUUUGAGGCUGUAACUAGGUCUGACAGUGGAGUGUACCUGUGCAGUGCCUACAAAGCUGAUUCUCCACAUUUCUCAAAGAACAGCAGUGCUGUAACAGUGACUGUUGAAGGAAGGACAGCCAAACUUGAAAUGAAGGCAGAACGCACAGAUGGAAAAAUAUUUGAAGGAGAUCAGGUCAGCCUGCAAUGCCAGGUCAUUGGAAAUCCUGUUGGGUGGACAUAUGAGCUGUACAAGACCACAGAUAAAAAUCAAUAUGAAACCAAAGCAGAGAGCACCUUCACCAUCAGCUCUGCAUCCCUUUCACACAGAGGGGAGUACUGGUGUAAAGCUGUGAAAGGAACGCUUUACUUUAGUAGUAGUCCUGUGCCGUUACAAGUGUCAGAAAGCCCAAUGGCGACACUGACACCAAGCAAUCCAUAUGUGUACAUCGGAGACAAAGUGAAACUGGACUGCAAAAUUGAUGGCAGCUUUACAGGCUGGAAAUAUCGAUGGUACAAAAGGGAUAAGAAAGCCAGAGAUGAGCACUUUGAAAAAUUUACUGAAAAUACAUACAAAUUUGAGGCUGUAACUAGGUCUGACAGUGGAGUGUACCUGUGCAGUGCCUACAAAGCUGAUUCUCCACAUUUCUCAAAGAACAGCAGUGCUGUAACAGUGACUGUUGAAGAAAACCCAAAGACGGAAGUAAAGCUAAACAAUGAGGAGAAACCCAUUUACAUGGGAGACACAGUGACCCUGAAGUGCAAUACUGAGGGUGGCUUUACAGGCUGGAAUUAUUAUAGGUGGUACAAAGGGGAUCAGACAAACAUGGGCAAUCAGAUUUACAGUGUCAAUGGACAGACUCAUAUCUUCCAGUUGGUGGCUCAGUCUUACAAAGGAUCAUACCGAUGCAAGGCAUACAGUUAUAGCUCUCCUCGUUACUCACAGAUCAGCAGUCCUUUUACGCUUGCUAUUAAGGGUGAGUAUGAGACUACAUGGAGGUAA